AUGGGGUGCUCAUCGGUUUCUUUGAGCAUGAAGGAAUUUCAAGAGUGUGUUGAUGACAUUGAGAUGGUAGAUUUAAAACGCUCCGGUAUCCAUUUCACGUGGAAUCAGAAACCAAAAAAAGGGAUUGGGUUGAUGAAAAAGAUUGAUAGAGUUAUGGGUAAUUCUCAGUUUAUUGCUAAAUAUCCAAGUGCUGUUGCGGUGUUCCAUCCUUCUCGGUUAUCGGAUCAUUGCCCGUGUGUUGUUAGCUUCCCGGAAACUGAAGAAUUAAAACACCGGUCUUUCAAAUUUGCUAAUUUUCUGGCGUAUAAACCUGAAUUCUUGCCGCUUGUGGAGAAGGUUUGGGGUAUGACCAUUGGAGGUGUGUAUCAAUUUUCGGUUGUUAAAAAACUUCGGCAGUUGAAAUCUCUUUUACGCGUUUUACUUUAUCAGCAAGGUAAUUUGCACAAAAAAGUUCAAGAGUUGAGAGAUAAGCUUGAUAGAAUUCAAUGUGAUAUUGAUAAAGAUCCGACUAGUCAGACGUUGCGGGAUGCAGAAGCCACCACUCGGUGUGAUUAUCAGGCUGCGUUAUUAGAUGAAGAGCGUUUUUUGAAGCAAAAGUCUAAAGUGGACUGGUUAGCGGCUGGGGAUAUGAACACGGCAUACUUCCACUCGUCGCUUAAAAACAGAGUUCACUAUAGCCGCAUUGAGGUCAUUCGAGAUAUUAGAGGGAAUGAAUUUACGGAUGAUAUGGUUUCGAAAGCUUUUGUUGAUCAUUAUGAGCACUUUUUAGGCUGCCCGGGUGAUACGUCAUUUAAUCCGACUCCUGAUUUGUUUACUAAAAGGUUAGAGAGGGAUGUUGCAGCUCAUAUGGUUCGGCCGGUUACUCCUGAUGAGGUUAAAAAGGCGAUGUUUUCCUUUGGCUCGGAUAAGGCGCCAGGUCCUGAUGGGUUUACAGCAGAUUCGAUUAGUCGAGGUAGGAGAGGUGGCGAUAGGGCUAGGUUGGAUAUGGGCCCCUAUAUUACUAGGAUUGCAUCACAUUUUGGGGUUUUAGAUGUAUAUCAGCCUCAGUUCUUGCAUAGGGGCCCGACGACUGCGAUCUUUAGGUUAGAAGACCUACAGAAGGCAGGCAUCGCGUCGUGGGAGGCACCAUAUGGUUGGGAGCCGAUUAGAGAGGGUCCACCUGUUCAGCCACCACAGAGAGGGCCAGUAGAUGUUGAGCCACAGUAG